AUGCGUGAGCGAGUGAGGGAGGGUGUCACCUCACUGUGGCUAGCCAUUAACCGGAAGAAGACAGUGACUGACGACUUCCAUGACACACCCCUCAAAAGAUGUCUUAACACAUUCGACAUCACCCUACUUGGGAUAGGUCACAUGAUUGGCGCUGGUAUCUACGUCCUUUCCGGUACCGUGGUCAAAGAUCUUGCCGGACCCUCCGCUGUCCUCUCAUUUCUUUUUGCUGGAUUCGCUGCCAUUUUGUCAGCGUUAUGUUAUGCUGAAUUUGGAGCAAGAGUUCCGAAGGCUGGUUCUGCCUACUCCUACACUUACGUUACACUAGGGGAGCUAUGGGGUUUCAUCAUUGGCUGGAACAUAGUUCUGGAACAUCUGCUAGGCGCGUCGGCAGUCGCGCGGGCGUUCAGUGGCAGUCUGGACUCAAUCUUUAAUGGUGCCAUUCGGAACGCCACUCUUACAAAUAUUGGUUAUCUGAGUCGGGAAAGCGACUGGCUUUCGGAAUACCCAGACUUUAUUGCCUUUUCUGCCACUAUAGCAGUGUUCACUGUUGUAGGAACGGGGGCUAAGUUUACGAUGAACUUUAACACCGUUUUCACCGUACUAAAUAUGACUGUCAUAGUAUUUCUGAUCUGCGUUGGUUUCUAUUUUGCUGAUAUUCAUAACUGGGAAAAUGCUAAAAGUGGCGGAUUUUUCCCGAAUGGAUUCAGUGGUUGCCUUUCUGGUGCGGCCACCUGUUUUUUCGCUUACAUAGGAUUCGAAGGGAUUGCUACGGCUGGAGAAGAAGCCAAGAACCCAGAGCGCUCCAUUCCCAUAUCUACUGUGACGGCAUUAGGAAUAGUAACGUUUCUAUACAUCAUGGUGACGGCGGCAUUGACCUUGAUGAUUCCUUACUAUGACGUCGAUCCAACCGCUGCAUUUCCGAUGGCAUUUGCCAUGAGAAGUGCCGAAUGGGCGAAAUAUAUCGUUGCCAUAGGAACUCUGUUCGGAAUCACUACAUCGCUAUUGGGUUCUGCGUUUUCUCUACCCCGCACAAUUUACGCAAUGUCUUCUGACGGACUUCUGUUUAGUAUCUUCUCCUAUAUAUAUCCUCGGACACAGACCCCCAUCUGGGGAAUAUUCACCUUCGGGAUGAUAUCUGCAUUAAUGUCGCUCUUGUUUGAGAUAGAGACCCUCGUUGAGUUUAUGUCUAUUGGUACUCUGAUGGCUUACACUAUAGUUGGGGCUUCUGUAAUUAUUCUAAGAUACCUUCCGGUUGACAAAUGCCAGUUUAAACUUAAACCGGAAGAAGAGGUGGAAGAGGUUAGACCUGGAUCGGAAGUUGAAACGGAAGAAAGUUCUAUAAUUAAGAAAUCAAAGAGCCAUGAUGACUUUGGACGUCUGAAGGAAAAGCUUAAGUCUAUACCACUGUUGCGGUCAUUCCAACCCGGAAAUGCCUCGCUUCUGGCUACUUUCUUAAUUCUGGUCUUUAUUGUUUGUUUCUGUGCAGUCCUUAUAUUCGGCUUCAGUUAUAUCCAGGCGGGCGCCUGGUGGGCAAUUUUCCUGGUGAUCCUGUUCGGUAUCGCUAUCAUCGCCUGCUUCCUAGUCAUGAUCGCACACGAGAAGAAUGACGCCUUCACCACAUUCUCGAUCCCGUUCGUGCCGUUGAUUCCUAUCCUGAGCAUGUUCUGUAACAUAGCCUUGAUGCUGAACCUGAACCACCUCACCUGGAUCCGUCUUGGUAUCUGGAUGGCCGUAGGUCUGACUAUCUACUUUUCCUAUGGUUUGUGGCAUAGUCAUGAGGCUCGCUCGACCAAUGGUUACGGGGAGAUCGUCCAUUAUACCGGGGACGCAAACAUUUCCUGUAGUACCAUAAGCAAUAUGAACGAGGAAGUGAUGGAGCAACAGCCAGCCCGUAACCCUAACGAGGACUUCCAGGGUACAAUGUAG